CACACAAACUCGGCUUUCACGCUGUCUGAACGACAACACGGAGGGUCCCCGGGCCCUACAGGCCACCUUUGAGGAGAGGAUGCACGUCCUGAAGAUGGACGUCACAAAGGAUGGCGAGGUGACGGAGGCACUCAAGUAUGUCCAGGACAGAUGCAGAAGCACGGGUUUGUGGGCUGUUGUGAACAACGCCGGUAUUGACGGCGGGGGUCCGGUGGAGCUGUGCAGCAUGAAGUUCUACAAGGAAGUGUGCGAGGUCAACCUGUUCGGGGCUAUCAGAGUGUCUAAAGCGUUCCUGCCGCUAGUGAGGCAGGCUAAAGGUGAGGAAAACAAUAGCUACAGCGUGGUCAGACUCCCUGACCCCACGGCGGAGAAGAUGCUAAUUCUAAUGACCGCCGGGAUGAACCGGUCGCCGCAAUCUCAUUGA